CUGAGAGCAGGAGCGGGUGGGAGGCGAUAUAGCCCUUCAAAAUGGAACUCACAAUGGAAAACAUUGGAAACAUGCACAGCGUUUCGCACUCACAAGCGGGAGACCUGAUGAAUUCCUCGCAUGGCAGACCGUCGUCAGCUUCCCACCGGAACCUGGUCUCCCACGGACGCUCGGCGAUGGUGUCCAGCAUGGCUUCGAUCCUGGAGGGCGCCGGCGAGUACCGGAACGACCCCGCGCUGUCUGGUCACCUCCACCCGGCCAUGACCAUGUGCGAGUCGGGAAUGAGUUUGUCAAACACGUACACCACCCUCACCCCCCUUCAACACCUGCCGCCCAUCUCCUCGGUCUCCGACAAGUUCCACCAUGCCCACCCUCACCCGCAUCACCACGCCGCUCACCAGCGACUCACCACCGGUAACGUCAGCGGAAGCUUCACGCUCAUGCGGGACGAUCGCGGUCUGGCCUCCAUGGGCAACCUAUACGGCCACUAUCCCAAAGACAUGUCCGGCAUGGGCCAGUCGUUAUCACCGCUCUCCAACGGCCUCGGUUCUCUGCACAAUUCCCAGCAGGCGCUCUCCGCGUACGGGCCCGGCGCGCACCUCUCCAACGACAAGAUGCUGUCGCCGGGAGGCUUCGAGACGCACGCGGCGAUGCUUUCGCGGAGCGAGGAGCAUCUCGCUCGGAGUUUAGGGGGCCACGGGCACGGCAUGAUCUCCAAUCUUAACGGUAUGCACCCGCACAGCCACUUGCACUCGCAGGCAAACGGACCCAUGCUGGCCGACAGAGAGAGGCACGGCGCCGGGGCCGGACAGAACGGUGGCUCGGGGCAGGCGGAGGAGAUCAACACAAAGGAGGUGGCGCAGAGGAUCACGGCGGAGCUGAAGCGAUACAGCAUACCUCAAGCUAUUUUUGCCCAAAGGAUCUUGUGUCGGUCACAGGGAACGCUGUCGGACCUCCUGCGCAACCCGAAGCCAUGGAGUAAACUCAAGUCCGGCCGGGAAACCUUCAGAAGGAUGUGGAAAUGGUUACAGGAACCCGAGUUUCAAAGGAUGUCUGCGUUAAGACUUGCAGCAUGCAAGAGAAAGGAACAAGAACAGCACAAAGACAGAAACAUGGUACCCAAGAAACAGCGUCUGGUCUUCACCGACCUGCAGCGACGAACCCUCAUCGCGAUCUUCAAGGAGAACAAGCGACCCAGCAAAGAGAUGCAGAUCACCAUCUCUCAACAACUGGGCCUCGAGCUCUCCACCGUCAGCAACUUCUUCAUGAACGCCCGACGCCGCUGCGUGGACCGCUGGCAGGACGAGCACGCGCCGAGCCCGGUUCAGCCCGGAACCUCGGCCACAACCUUCUCCAAAGCGUGAACGCGCCGGCCGCAGGUGCGAGCGGCGCAGGAGGAGGAGCCGCGUCACGUGAACCUCCUCACAUCCAGCAGCAGAUGACGAUGAGCUACGGUGCCCAUCAAACCUCAU